AUGGCCGGGUCUCCUGCGCUGCUCCUUCUGCUCGCUCUGGGGCUCUGCUGCCCUGGGAUCCAUGGCCAGAGGGACGAGGUGAUAGCCAGGUUUCGUGACAGCAGCACCAAACACCCCCAGCUGGGACAACGGUUGGAGCUGGAAUGUGUGACGUUCAAAGAGGACAGUGGCGUAUCCUGGGUCCGCCAGGACAAGGGUGGGACCCUUCACUUCAUCGUCCACAUCUCUUCCAUGUCCCAGACCACCUUUGAGGGGAUUAAGAGAACAUCCACACGCUUUGAGGCAAGGAAACACCGGAGGAGUAUCUACGGGUUGGUAGUGAAGUCUUUCACAUUGCAGGACGAGGGGAACUAUUUCUGCUUCUCAAAUAGCAACCAAAUGCUGUCCUUCAGCCGUGGCCAGCCUGUCUUCUUUCCAGUCAAGACCACAGUGGCACCCACCACACUGGAACCCACCACCCAGAGUGCCAUCACCCAGAAGGACCCCUGCCUGGUGACCCCGCAUCCAGAGACCAGUGAGGAGAAAGAGCUAAAUUUGUCCUGUGACAUCUUCAUCUGGCUUCCGUUGGCAGGAACAUGCCUCCUGCUCCUCAUCGCCCUGGCAGUCACCGUCACGCUGUGUCAACAAAAUAGAAGACGAAGAUGCAAGUGUAAAAG